UGCACUUUCCUUGCCUUCCCCUCAUUCUUCGGCUUGGAAAUCCUACGCGAGCCUGCAAUGCCAUACAAAUACGGAUGCAGACCCCUCUAUCGCUCUCAACUGCUAGAUCUUUAGCUAGUUUCUUCGUCGCAAUGUACUGGACUCGGUCGUGGCGCUCGGUUCUGCUGCUAGCCCUUGGCGUAGGGGGACAGACUCGGUUGGUGACAGUUCCUACCUUCCCUUUCAUCGAAGCCGGUGACACUUACCACCUCGAUCAAUUGACGGGCAUUGUGGUGGACAUCGACUAUGCCGAUGCCGUCGAUCACGAUGGACAAACGCUGAUACCCCCGACCCUCCAUCAGUUCGCCGAGACCUUCCAAGAAGAUCUCGAGUCUACGUUAGGGCUGAGCUUACCCCUCAAUCUCAGCUCGGAUCCUAUACCGGAUUCCAUCUUUCUCACCUUGACCAACAACAGUGACUUUCAAGAUGCCGCCGGACGUCCCACUACGGAGGCGUACACCCUCAACAUUCAUGAUAACGGCAUCACGGUUGCGGGUGCAAGCCCACUGGGAGCUUGGUGGGCAACCCGGUCUCUUAUUCAGACAGCCGUAGUGGCUGGAAGGGGGCUCCCUCAAGGAUCCGGACUAGAUGCACCUGGAUGGGCUAACAGAGGCAUCAUGCUAGACGUCGGACGUCAUUACUAUCCGCCCGAAUUCCUAACCGAGAUGUGCUCUUAUCUCUCAUUCUUCAAGCAGAAUGUAUUUCAUGUUCACCUGAGUGACAAUCUUUACAACAACGUCGAUCGGUAUUCAAGGCAAGAUUCGAUGGAUUUGUACGCAGCUUUCCGCCUUUGGUCCGAUGACGAGGCCGUGGCCGGGUUGAACAAACGAGCCAAUGAAUCGUAUACGUACGAUCAGUUCCACCAGGUUCAAUGGCAAUGUGCCCAGCGAGGUGUUACGAUUAUACCGGAAAUCGAGGCACCGGGACAUGCUUUGGUCAUGGUGCAAUGGCGUCCGGAGUUAGGGCUCGACGAUCUUAGUAUGCUCAAUAUCAGCCACCCGGACACACUUCCCACCGUUAAAGCGAUAUGGGAGACGUUCCUACCUUGGUUCCAGAGUAAAACUGUUCAUAUCGGGGCGGAUGAGUAUGAAAGCCAUCUGAUCGCUGAUUACACAAGCUUUGUCAAUCAAAUACAUUCGUACAUAUCCGAGGAGUCAGGCAAAGCCGUGAGGAUCUGGGGCACCUUCACGCCGGACGAAGGGGCUGACGUUUCAACAGAGGUGUCGAUCCAACAUUGGGAGGCUUUCGAGGACAAUGCGUAUUAUGAUUUCAUCCAGAACGGCUACGAUGUGCUUAAUUCGGACGAUGCGUCCUACAUUGUGGCUAAAUGGUCAGGGAGCUACCCCCAGCAGUUGAACAAAACACGCAUCUUCCAUGGAGAUCCUAUCGGCGGAGCAUUUGCUCCUAAUAUCUUUGAUGUUAAGAAUGCGUCCAACAACCCUCCACGGGACAACGACCGUGUGCUUGGCCAUGUUGCCGCGCUAUGGAAUGAUUAUGGACCCAACGCCACCACCGUUCUGGAGACUUAUCAUUCCUGGAGGGAUCUUCUUCCCGCGCUGAGUGACAAACAGUGGGGCGGAGACCUACUCGAAGAGGAGUAUGAUCUGGUGUUUGAAAAACUUCAUGCGGCCAUACCGGCGCAGAAUCUAGACCGCCAAGUUCGGAGCAAGACCGAUACAAUACUGCACUACGAGUUCGAUGAGGAUUCUCAAACCGUUCCUGACCUAUCUGGAAAUGGGUACCAUGGUAUAGUGCAUGGAUGUGAUAUUCAAGACUCCGCCCUCAUACUUUCCGACGGCUGCUAUCUGGAGACGCCUCUAGGUAGCAAAGGGAGGGACUAUAUUUUAUCAUUCUCAGUGAACCCCACAUCGGACACCCCAGGCAUUCUUUUCGCCGGCCCCGACUCGAUGCUCACGAAUGGAAAUGGAUCUAUUAGCAACGUGACCUUCAUAAGCGGCGGCAACUCGUACUCGCUAAAUUAUAGUCUUCCGCUGGAUACCUGGACGGAUGUUUCUUUGGUCGGAAAGGGUGCCCAUACAUUCUUCACCGCGGAAUCUAUUUCCAUGGAGUUUCUCACUCGACUGGGGAUAAAUGGGGAACAACAAUUAUGGGCGCCUAUUGCAUUUGAAGCACCGCUCAAUCGGAUUGGAGAGGGCUUUGAUGGGAUGAUCAGGGACAUUGUUUUGCUGAGGGAUGCAGAUAGUCUUAAGCUCAUCAAUGAGUCCGAUGAAAGGAGAUUCUUGACUUUCCUCAACGGACAGCACCACUUGACGGAAUGGCGAUUGCACGUGCAGUAUGGGCCCGUAGUGCGCGUCGCGCCAAACUGGCUUUCAUUCUCCACUCUCGAGGACUUUGAAGCCAUCUAUGGUUUCAAUAAGUCUGUGGAAAAGGACGACUUCUACGGUUUCGGCAGAGACCAAAGCAAACGGACCGCGAGCAUCUUUGCUACGGCAUCCGAUGCCGCCCACCGACAAAAGAAACGCAAGGUAUUGGGCCCUGCUCUGACUAGCUCUAAAUCGGCGAGGUAUGCCCCAAUAGUGUCAAAACAAGUCGAUGUUCUCCUCGCCAGGGUGGAGGCUUCGUCGUCAGUUGCAGCAAAAUCAGUCAACAUAGCCCCUCUGGUGCACCAGUUCACAGUGGACACCAUGCUGGAGGUAAUUUUUGGACCCGCUCUCGCCUCGCAUCCGUACACGGACAACGCUGCAGGGGAGGGGGUUACUUCGGCUUUGCGCCAGAUGAGUAAAAUGGCAUGGAGCUUCUCACUCUGGCCGGCGUUUGGAUGGAUCAUGAACACGCGCCCUAUCGAUGCUUUGCUUCGUAGACCGGUCUACAACGCCAAGGGAGAAGGCACAGGCUUGUCCGCUCUUUUGGCUGCCUGCUGGGGGACCAUCUUUGCGCGUUCCGUGGAAGUGGCCCAGCAUCAGCAACCGGGUAUCCUGAAAAGCUGGCUGGAAGUUCCCCGCGACGACGCCACCCGAAUGAGUCAGGAUGAGCUCCUAUCGGAGGCAUUUAACCUGGUUUUCGCGGGACCGGGAAGCACAUCCGCGACAAUCACGGCGCUGUUGUAUCAGCUGGGGACCGAUCAAGGCCAGGGAUGGCAGAACAGACUGCGAAUGGCGGCGCCGGAUUUCAACGAGACGGAGUCAUCGACCACUGCGUCCCUUCCAUUGGAGCUGCAGGCCGUCAUCAAAGAAACCCUCCGUUUGCACGCCGCCUUUCCCACGGCGUUUCCUCGCGUCAUACGGCCAGGCGCUGAGACAAUCAUUGCCAGAUUGGACUCCCCGCUCCCUGUGGGCACGAGAGUGUCGGCCAAUUCGUACGUUCUAGGCCGGUCGCGCGAGAUCUGGGGUGACACGGCGGACCAAUGGUUACCGCAGCGAUGGCUGGGAGAUGAGUCACAUCGGCGAGAUAUGGAUUCCAGGUUCGUGGCUUUCAGCAAAGGCGCGCGAGGCUGCGCGGGGAAAGAUCUGGCCUGGCUGGUGAUUGCUCAAGCGGUGAUGGCGGCCGUUCGGCGAUGGAGGAUUCGGGCGGUGGGAGAGCUGCGAGGGAAGAGCUACUUGGAAAUGCAGUACGAUGAUUGCUGGAUUGAAUUUGAACAGAUCUAG